CAUGACAUGCGUUCAGUCUCCGCGUAGAGUUGACCUGCGGCAGAGUUGGGUUUAGGUUAGAACGGAUUUGGUGUCCAUCGUGGAUCAAUGCCGGCAGUGGGUGAUUAGUUCUAAUUCCGAAGAACCGCACGCGUAAUAUGAAUUAAUUUCCACUCCUAGUGAUUAUAAAUUGAAAGAGGGCCGUUCUUUUGUUUUCGACUGCCAAUUUUAUGGACAAAAUUUGAGAAAUGGAUAGCACCGUUAAAAAAGAAAGAAAACCAAAUCCAAGGGAAAAUGCUUUUCCCCUAUCAGUGGUAACCUUUUCAUACCUCAUACCCACUUUCAUCAAGGGGUUCAAACGAGACCUCACCGAAGCUGACCUCACAGAAACUCUAAGUGAACACAAAUCAAAAGCGUUGGGCGACAGAUUAGAAAGGGCAUGGAUGAAGGAACAAGAGAGAGCGAAGAAAAAAAAUGGAACUCCUUCCCUGAGGAGGGCCUUGUUCAGAGUUUUUGGAUUCGAAUUUAUGAUCUACGGAAUAAUAUUAGCUGUAAGUGAAUCUAUUAGAUUGUGCCAACCGUAUUGUUUGGGAAAAUUGGUGCAUUAUUUCAGCGCUGUGGCAUAUCGAAAACAAAUACUACAACCUAUAGCGAUAGGAAGAUUGCUGGAUUUCUAUUCCCCAAGUAAUACAGAAAUAACGAAAGAUGACGCUUAUAUUUAUGCUGGAGCGGUUGUUUUAUGCUCAUUGAUCAAUGUUUUGGUGGUACAUCCCUACAUGCUGGGAGUGUCCCAUCUGGGGAUGAAGCUCAGAAUAGCUUGUUGCUCUCUAAUCUACAGAAAAUCCCUGAGGUUGAGCAAUACGGCCCUAGGAGAGACGACCAUUGGACAAGUGGUCAAUUUAUUGUCGAACGAUGUCAACAGAUUCGACGUUUCGCUUAUUUUUGGGCACCAGUUAUGGGUGGCUCCACUAGAGACAAUUGUGGUAUCUUAUUUGUUGUACCUUGAGAUUGGAGUGUCAGCUUUCCUUGGUAUCGUACUGCUCUUGGUGUUCAUACCUAUGCAGAUUUACAUUGGAAAGAAAGUAUCAAUUGUUCGCCUAAAAACAGCUCUAAGAACGGAUGAAAGAGUUCGUUUGAUGAGUGAAAUAAUCAACGGUAUCCAAGUAAUCAAGAUGUACGCUUGGGAAAAGCCAUUCGCUAAGUUGAUCGGCGCAGCUAGAAGGUACGAAAUUAAAAUGCUCAGAAUCGCAGGCUUCUUCAAAGGAAUCAUAUUAUCAUUCAUCAUUUUCAACACCCGUUUAUCCAUUUUCGCGAGUAUCAUAGCCUACGUUCUCCUUGGCAACAGCAUUAAUGCUGAAAAAGUGUUUGUCCUCACAUCAUUCUACAACAUAUUGAGAGCAACAAUGACCGUAUUCUUCCCAACUGGAAUAGUGAUGGUUGCAGAGGCCAAUGUUUCCGUCAAUAGACUAAAUAAAUUUCUGAACUACGAAGAGAGGGUGCCUAGUGAGACCACCAAGGAGAUCCAGAGAAAUCUGAGAGAUAAAAAAGACGUCGAAGAAAGUACAGAAACAUCCAUGAACGGCGUCGAUACGAGCAUUGCGAAAAAAGACGUAGAUAUCGGUAUUUUCAUGAAAAAUGGUUGGGCUAAAUGGAGCGAGGCUUCAAUGGACAAUACUUUGUCAGAAAUCACGUUUUCUGUAACCCCUGGAAAAUUGUUAGCAGUUAUCGGACCGGUUGGUAGCGGAAAGUCAAGUUUAUUCCAGACAAUACUUAAAGAAUUACCUCUAAUGGAUGGAUCUUUGGUAGUCAAUGGUGAAAUAAGCUAUGCAUCACAAGAACCUUGGCUGUUUUCUGGUACAGUUAGGCAGAACAUCCUCUUUGGAUUGCCAAUGGACAAGCUCCGUUACAAGACUGUAGUUAAAACGUGUGCCUUAGAAAGAGACUUUACACUUCUACCAUAUGGCGAUAAAACUUUAGUAGGUGACAGAGGAGUGUCUCUUAGUGGAGGUCAAAGGGCAAGAAUCAAUCUGGCAAGGGCUGUUUACAAAGAAGCUGAUAUAUACCUUUUAGAUGAUCCUCUAUCAGCUGUUGAUACCCAUGUAGGAAAAGAACUCUUCGAUAAAUGUAUCAAUGGGUAUCUGAGAGAUAAAACUGUGAUAUUAAUUACCCAUCAAUUACAAUAUUUGAAUGACGUGAACCAUAUAAUCUAUCUGGACGAUGGAUUCAUCAAAGCAGAAGGUACGUUCAGAGAGUUACAAAAUGCCAACCUUGAUUUUACGAAGUUGCUUGGAAAAGUUGAGAAGGAGGAAGACAAGAAAAGGGAAAAGGAGGAGACGGAACUGAAAAGGUUGAAUUCCAUAGUUAGUAGAAGUUCAGUUGAAGAUGCUCCUGCGCAAGUUGAAGAGCAGAUGAGUAAAGGUACUCUAGGUUUUCAUGUGUACAAGGCUUAUUUGAGAGCUGGUGGAAAUUGGUGUGUCCUGUUCAUAGUCUUUAUGAUGUUCUUUAUCGUACAAGGCCUGGCCAGUGUUUCAGAUUAUUUCUUGACAUUUUGGGUGAAUCUAGAAGACAGAAAUUUCACCGAAGUUGAGAGUAUGUUAGAGUCUUCUACUAUGGGAUUAUUCCAAAACUUAAACUCAACAAUGUCACCCAUAACAGAAGAUGAUGAUUUCUGGGAUUUUACUCGAAACACCUGCAUAAUUGUUUACUCUGUCAUCAUGGGUUCUCUUGUUGUUCUAACGUUGAUACGAUCAUUCUCCUUCUUUGUGAUCUGCAUGAGAGCUUCGACAAGACUUCACGAUAAUAUGUUUGGAAGUAUUUCAAUUGCCACAAUGAAUUUCUUCAACAACAAUCCUGCAGGCAGGAUUUUGAAUAGAUUUUCAAAAGAUAUGGGUGCUGUGGAUGAGCAACUACCAGGAGCUAUGAUUGAUUGUUUACAGAUUGGACUCACACUCGUGGGUAUUAUAGUUGUUAUAGGAGCAGUUAGUCCAAUAUUACUCGCACCAACUGCAGUUAUGGCCCUCAUUUUUUAUUUGCUCAGGUCUUUCUAUCUGAGCACAAGUAGAAAUGUGAAGAGAUUGGAAGGAGUUACUCGUAGUCCAGUGUUCUCACAUAUCAAUGCAACCCUAAACGGUUUAACUACAAUAAGAGCUUUUGAAGCACAGGAUAUUCUUACCAAGGAAUUUGAUAAUCAUCAAGAUCUGCAUAGUUCUGCAUGGUUCAGCUUCAUUGCAACAUCCAGAGCCUUUGGUUAUUGGCUAGAUUUGAUUUGUAUAAUUUAUAUUAUCCUUGUAACUUUCAGUUUUCUCGUCAUUGAUGACGAUCAUUUUGGUGGUAAUGUGGGUCUCGUAAUUACUCAAGCGAUUGGAAUCACUGGAAUGUUACAGUGGGGCAUGAGGCAAUCAACUGAAUUGGAAAAUCAAAUGACUUCGGUAGAACGAGUUGUAGAAUAUAGUUCAAUAGAACACGAGAGGGCUUUAGAUACUAUUGAGUCGAAGAAACCAAAACCUUCAUGGCCUGAACUUGGAAAAAUUGUGUUCAAAAAUCUCUUUUUGAGAUAUGCCCCUACUGAUCCACCAGUUCUCAAACAUCUGAAUUUCACCAUUCUACCCAAGGAAAAAGUUGGCAUAGUAGGCCGCACUGGGGCUGGGAAGUCGUCUCUAAUAAAUGCAUUAUUCCAACUUUCUAUAACCGAGGGUCAGAUCAUAAUUGACGACAUUGAUAUCACUCAGUUAGGUCUUCAUGAUUUGAGGUCCAAGAUCUCUAUUAUACCACAAGAGCCAGUUCUAUUUUCAGGAUCGCUGAGAAAAAAUUUGGAUCCCUUUGAUGAAUACUCAGAUGCUGAUUUGUGGAAAGCCCUAGAAGAGGUAGAAUUAAAAGAAGCAGUGAAUGAUCUAACAUCUGGUUUGAACUCCAUGGUGUCUGAAGGAGGUUCCAAUUUUAGUAUAGGACAAAGACAACUUGUUUGUUUGGCCAGAGCUAUUCUUCGCAAUAACAGAAUUUUGGUGCUGGAUGAAGCGACUGCUAAUGUAGAUCCACAAACUGAUGGAUUGAUACAGACUACUAUAAGGAAGAAGUUUGCUGAAUGUACUGUACUUACAAUAGCACAUAGGCUCCACACAGUAAUGGAUUCUGAUAAAGUUUUAGUUAUGGAUGCUGGAACUGUUAAAGAAUUUGAUCAUCCCCAUAUUUUACUUCAGAAUAAGGAGGGAAUCUUCAGCGGGAUGGUUGAACAAACAGGAAAAGCUACUGCAGAAGUGUUACACGAAGUAGCCAAAAAUCAUUAUGAAUCAAUUAACUAGCGAGUGCAUCCUCUUGAUGAAUCUAUUGGUCAAGAUGCAUCUCCGUGCUGAAUAAUGUGAAGAUGUGGUGUGCGGAAAAACAGAGAAGAAAUUUCGAAAACCCUAUUUAUAACAGUGUUUUUUAUUCAAUUAACUUUGGGCAACCAAUCUUGCAAAUGUAUUCGAAAUCAACAAUACAAGAACAAUUAUGAAAAUUAUAUAGUGGAAAUUAUAUAAAACUGUACUUAUUGUUUUUAUAUCAAGACAAUAUUGAUUAUUUUAUUACAUAAAAUACAUAACUGUAAUAUAUUUGAUUUUGUUCACUUCUUAUGUUCCUAAGCCGAAAUCUCCAUUUAUGUAAAAAUUUCAAUGUGUUAUGUGUAACAGGGUUUGAAUUCAUAUAUUUUUGUAUACAAAGACAACUAUGUGUUCGAAAUAAAAGUUUUUCAUAUCA